GUAAUUAAAAACUGGUAACGAAUCCGCGUACAAAUAGUGGUCUCCUCCUUUAUAGGAUAAACCAAAACCCCUGAGAAACUCAACAGCGAGAGAACCACAAAGCGUAACAAAGAGAGUAAUAACUAUGAGUGAUUUUUCAAUCAAACCCGAUGAUAAAAAGGAAGAGGAGAAGCCAGCAACAGCCAUGUUACCACCACCCAAACCAAACGCUUCUUCCAUGGAAACGCAAUCUGCUAACACCGGAACCGCUAAAAAACUGCGGCGGAAACGCAACUGCAAAAUCUGUAUCUGUUUCACUAUCCUUCUCAUUCUCCUAAUCGCCAUAGUUAUCGUCAUCUUAGCUUUCACUCUCUUCAAACCAAAACGCCCAACUACUACAAUCGAUUCCGUCACCGUUGAUCGUCUCCAAGCUUCCGUCAAUCCUCUCCUUCUCAAAGUCCUCCUAAACCUAACGCUCAACGUCGAUCUCUCUCUCAAAAACCCUAACCGCAUCGGGUUUAGCUACGAUUCGUCGUCGGCGUUGUUGAAUUACAGAGGCCAAGUGAUCGGUGAAGCUCCUCUUCCGGCUAACCGAAUCGCGGCGCGGAAAACGGUGCCGUUGAAUAUAACGUUGACGCUAAUGGCGGAUCGGUUACUCUCUGAAACGCAGCUUUUAUCUGACGUCAUGGCUGGCGUCAUUCCGCUUAAUACUUUUGUUAAAGUCACUGGUAAAGUAACCGUUCUUAAAAUCUUUAAGAUUAAAGUCCAAUCGUCUUCUUCGUGUGAUCUCAGUAUCUCUGUUUCGGAUCGUAAUGUUACGAGUCAACACUGUAAGUAUUCGACUAAGUUAUAAUCAGAUCUGUAGAUUCUACCACACUUUGUUCUUGUUUUGUUUUUUGGUAUUUGAAUUGGUUUGUAUUUAAUCUCUAUGUAUGUUUUAUUUACUUUAAUGAACAGAGAUUUGAUUUUGUUCUUUUUCGUCUUAAAAUCUUUUUGAGAUAAUCAUAAUUGAUUCAACAAAAUUAGUAAAAC